UGACGGGAUACCCCUGCAGUCAGCCAUCUUGGUUUGUACCGGGAAGAAGUUCAUAGAAAUGGCGAACUUUUUGAGAUUAUCUUGCCGACUCGUAGGGCGAAGAAUCCAUACUUCUGCUCCUAGAAAGUUUGAUCCUGUACCUACUGUUAGGGCAGAGAUUGGGUCGGAUUUGGAAGCCUUGAAGCAGAAGGAAAAGGGACCUUGGUCAGCGCUGACUAAAGAGGAGAAAGUUGCAUUAUACAGAUCCCAGUUCCCAAAGACCCUAGCUGAAAGCAGAUAUGGAGAACCUUAUGGCAAGAAAGUAAUUGGAGGCGUUUCAUUUUUAGUUGCUCUAUCUCUUGGCCUGUUUGCAUUCCUUCGCACAUAUAUUGGCCCAGACCCCCCUCAUACUCUUUCUGAUGAAUGGGUCAAGGCAUCGCAAGAGAAGAUGAUUCGCCAACGAGCCAACCCCAUCACUGGCAUUAGUUCCAAACAGUAAUUCUUGAUAAAUCAUUGUGUAAGGAAGCAACAGCUUAUUUGUGUGGCAUAUUCACAAGCUGUUAGCAUAAUGGUCAAAUGGUAAAACUAGUGAUUUUUUAAUGACCUAAGACAUCGUUGGCAUGUGUUGUUAUUGCUUUAUUGUGUAAAUAAAGAGACAAAAGCUUGAAACAA